UCAAGAAAUUUUCACUGCGUGUGUUUGUGAUUGGAGGUCUUGCGAGUUGGCUUUGGUACGGUAUUUCUGUAAUUGGACUAUUUGCUGAUUUUGUCAUUGAGUAAUAUUUCGACGCAAGAGGUUCGUCAUUAUAUCAGUAUCUCAUCGCAAACAUGGCGGAGUAUCUGGCCUCGAUUUUUGGGACAGAAAAAGACAAGGUAAAUUGUUCUUUCUACUUCAAGAUUGGAGCUUGUCGUCAUGGAGAUCGUUGUUCAAGACUUCACAACAAACCCACUUUCAGCCAGACGAUCAUGUUGCAAGGAUUAUAUCAGAAUCCACAGAUUACAAACUGCUCUGUUCCCAACGUGUUCCCUCCAACUGGUGAAGUGAGUGAUGUUGAAAUGCAGGAACACUACGAUGAAUUCUUUGAAGAAGUUUUCACUGAACUAGAAGAGAAAUAUGGGGACAUUGAAGAGAUGAAUGUCUGUGAUAACCUGGGAGAUCAUUUAGUUGGAAAUGUCUAUGUGAAGUUCCAUAAAGAAGAAGAUGCAGAGAAAGCAGUGAAUGAUCUCAAUAACCGAUGGUUUAACGGACAACCGAUACAUUCUGAACUCAGUCCUGUCACUGACUUCAGAGAAGCUUGUUGCAGACAGUAUGAAAUGGGUGAAUGCACCAGAGGAGGAUUCUGUAACUUCAUGCAUUUGAAACCAAUUUCACGAGAUUUGAGAAGAAAGUUGUACGGAAGAAAAAAGGAAAAGAAACGAAGAUCUCGAUCCCGUUCUCCUCCUACAAGAAGACGAAGAUCUCGAAGCAGAGAAAGGUUUUAAGCAGAGCACAGAGGGUUGAAGAAAUUUGGAUGUUUUUCUGCUCAGAAAUGAUAUAAAACUUUUGCACCAGCCUAGACUUUGUAGCCCAGUUUUAAAUAAGAGCCGGUUUGUUCUAAUGCACAGUGCAAAGAUACUGUAUAAACGAAAUUUAAAAAGAUUGGUACCCCAGAAGAAAUUAUAUACAGUUGAAUUUACUGUUUUUCAGUGAAUUUGUCUUUUUUUUUUCGCUGAAAUUAAGAUUAUGUGUCAUAUAUCAUGACGAGACUCAAUGCAGAAUAUAUACCAAAAAAAAAAGUUUGAAAAUGUGACCCAGUCAUUAGAAAUACUACUUACGAAUGAAUAUUUAAAGCAGUUGUUUGUUAUUUUAAGGACUGCCUUGUAUUUUUCACAAUGUUUUUUAUUGCGCUGGGCAUUUCAACGAGUAUGGAAGCAAGUUUUAGAAUCUACGCGUAAUUGAGCCUCUUUCUUGGCACACCCCAAUCCCUAACUUCCUUGAAUUAACUAUUAAUUUAAGGAAGUUUGUAGAGGGUCGAUUUUCGUUAAAAUAUUCAUUCAACAAUAGUUUUGUUACUCGGGACUUUAAAUGUGAGUGAUUAGGAUUUUAUACUUGCAUUCCUGCUUGCAGAAAUUUUGCGUUUCGUGCAAGAUUUGUAAAUAAAUUUGAUGAUACCAUA